ACUGUUCAUCGUGAGGAGGAGGAAAUCUGCAUUAGACGCUGAUGAUUAGCAAACCAGCAAGUCAGUUUCACGUCAUGAUAUCAUUGAGAAGAAAUACACAAAUCAUAACAAGCAGACAGACUUUGGAGAGUUAACUGUGCAUCGUUUACCGUAAUCCACCUUGACGAGUUGCAGAAUGAAGACUGAGGCUAUUACAGCAAACUGGCCUCUGAAGACAGACUGACAGUUUGCAUGAGAUGGAAGGUAAACAGACACAAGCGUCUAGUGGAGUGUUUACUUGUGUUGAACGGCCAUGACUACCAGCGCAGAGCGGAAGUUCAUGAAGUGUCUGGAUCAGCUGGGCUAUUGAAUGCCUGCCACUGGUCGAAAAACUCUUCAGGAGCUCCAAAAGGAAGUGGCACAACUGAAGCUUGACCUGGAGAGAGCACAAGCAGGAAUCCAACAUCUCAAAACUCAGGUGGAAGAGCGAAACAAAGAGAUUGAGCGUCUGAAUUGAGCUCUGGAUGUGGGUCGCUCCAUGAUGGCACUGAACAUCAACAAUGAAAAGCUUAUUGCUCAUCUGCACCUACAGAUAGAGUAUCUGCAGGAGAAAAACAGGUCCCUGGAACAGAGAAUUGAAGGACUGCAGCAGAGAAAGAAGACUGUGUCCAGUGAGGUGGCUGACCUGAGCGCUCGAAAUCAAGAGCUAUGUCAGGAACUCACUCAGACAGACCAACUUGCCCAGCAGCUGCAGAAAGACAAAGGGAUAGUUCUUGAGACUGCUGACAUGAAGCUUCAAGAAGCCAAGGAUAUGGCAGAGGGAGAUCAUGAGAAAGACCGUCUGAGGGAUCAUGAACUUUCUGGAGGAGAAGAAGAGGCUUCAGGACAAAUAGCGCAUUUCUACAAUGGUGCAGAUGGGAAAGAUCAAUCUCAAUCACGUCUGGAUGCCUUUGUUAAAAGUUUAGAGGAAGAAAGGGAUUACUACAGACAGGAGGUGGAGUGGUACCGUAGGGUAAGGGGCAGAGCAGACAAAAGUCCCACCCCUAGCCCAGGCAGAGGGAGGAGCCCUAGAGGAAGAGGCAGCUGGCAUGGAAAGAGAGAUUGUGGUUAUGCAGAACUGUCACAUGCAGUAAAGGAGAGGGAUGAGCUACAGUCAAUGCUGCUGGCCUUCGAGAAACACAUGGAGGACAUCCAGACCAGAGUUAAACUACUGACUGCAGAGAGAGAGACCAGCUCAGCACUCAGUACCAGCAGGCUCAGUAGAGAGCUUGAGUCCCCUGAACUCCAGCACAGGAUAAGUGAUCAGACUGAAGCCGAACUCCAGAGAAUCACCGCAGAGAUAGACUCAAGGAGGAGAUCAGAAUUCUUGACCUGGACAACACUGUUCAGAUGGCUGCUACAGGAGCAGAUGGAGCAGUCUCUCUCAGAUGUUCAGCACAGAUUAUCUGUGAAGACCAAUGAGCUGCAGGCAUUACAGGACGAUCUAGCCACCAUGACCAGAGAAAACCAGGCAGUGCAUGCAGAGAUGCAGGAAGUUCUGAACGAGAGGGAUGAACUGAAGCUCAGAGUUCACUCAUACAUCUCAGAGGUUGUUCGGAUGGAAAGCUUGAUGGCUGCCAAGGAACAGGAGAACAGGGAGAUGCUGGAGCAUUUCCGAUCCGUUCACUCUGACUCGGAGGACAGAGAGCUGAAGCUGCAGCAGGCAGAGGGUCUGAACAACUCAAUCAGACUGGAGCUGCUCUCAUCAGACACCGAGCGCAGACACCUUUGAGAGAGAGUCUCACUGCAGGAUAGAGAGAUACAGGAGUGACUAUGGGCCUGUUUUUAUUCUCUCCACUUGAAUUCUCUGCAGCCAUAUAAAGCUCAGGUGUCCUCACUGGCACGGGCAAUGUCUCAUUUGGUAGAGGAGAUCCAGGCAGCUCGAGCUGAGAAAGCCUCAGUGUUGGCAGAUCUGGCUUCUAUCAGAGAACUGUGUGUUAAGCUAGACUCCAGUAAAGAGGUCACAGCUCGCCAACUGACAACCAAGAGCAUGGAACUGGAGAGGGUAAGACACACACCAUCCUGGCAGUCAACAGCACUUGACUUUAGAAAGGCUUUAAAUGUAAAUUAGUGUGGGACUAGCCAACAUCAAAGCCCCUUCAAAGAAAUAGUUCACCCAAAAAUGAAAAUUCUCAUCAUUUACACACCCUCAUGCCAUCCCAGAUGUGUAUGACUUUCUUCUGCUAAACACAA